ACAAUGAAACACAAUUUUGCUUUUGACAACAUGGGCUAUGAGGAGAGCUUUGAAACUGCGCCCUCUCCAUCUUCCCAAGAACACACUGUGGCAGUCAAUGUUGUGGGAAUGACUUGCCAAUCUUGUGUGCAGUCGAUAGAAGGCCGAAUUUCCAAGGUGAAGGGCAUUGUGAGUAUUAAAGUCUCCCUUGAACGGAACAACGCUGUAAUAAAGUAUCUGCAGUCAGAAAUAAGUCCUGAACAGAUUUGCCAGGAAAUUCAGGAUAUGGGCUUUGAUGCCAACAUAGCGGAAGAGAGGCUGACAACAGCAACCGUAAAUUUGUCGUGCUUGAGAGAAGCAGUAGUUAAGCUUCAGGUAGAAGGCAUGACAUGCCAGUCCUGUGUCACCAACAUUGAAGGAAAGAUUAGGAAACUGCACGGUGUGGCAAAAAUCAAGGUGUCACUUGGUAACCAGGAAGCAAUUAUUGCUUACUAUCCUUACAUCAUUCAGCCUGAUGACCUCAAGAGCCAUAUCAGUAACUUGGGGUAUGAAUGCACCAUUAAAAGUAAGUCAGCCCCUUUGAAGCUUGGUGUCCUUGAUCUCAGGCGCCUGCAGAAUGCAAACCCCAAUGAGACAGCAGCAAGUCUCGAGAGCGAUGGGAUGGAUCCACCGGUCUCCAAGAUGAGUGGCACAGCUACGGUGGCUGUACGGAUAGAAGGCAUGCACUGCAAAUCCUGUGUCAGAAACAUUGAAGGAAAUAUAUCAGAUCUUCCCGGCAUACAAAGUAUUAAAGUGUCUUUGGAGCAUAAACGUGCUGUGGUACAGUAUAGCCCAAAUUUAAUUACCCUGUCAGCUUUGCAGCAAGCUAUUGAAUCCCUUCCACCUGGAAACUUUAAAGUAUGUCUCCUUAAUGGUUCGGAAGUUGAUAAGGGAGCAUCUCCAUCACCUGCUUUGCUGUGUGAUCUCUUCAGAGAGCCGCUGCAAGACACGACAUGCACAGCUGUUAUUAGGAUUGAUGGCAUGACCUGCAAUUCCUGUGUACAGUCCAUAGAAGGGACCAUAUCACAGAGACAAGGAGUGCAAUGUAUAGCAGUUUCUCUAGCUGACAGAACUGGGAGCAUACAUUAUGAUCCAGCUGUCACUAAUGGAGAAGAGUUAAGAGCUGCCAUAGAAGACAUGGGGUUUGAUGCUUCUGUGCUGACAGAUACUGCCGCUGAAGAAAGUAGGCACCAGCCUGACGCCAGUAAUGCUGCUGUGCAACCUCGAGCUCCAGAGCCUCCUCGCCAAGGCUGUGCCUCAGAUGCUCUUCCAGACAGUCCUCACCUUGAUGGGCCAAACCAGCCCAGCGGAGCGACAGCUGAAAAGUGUUUUUUACAAAUCACAGGCAUGACCUGUGCAUCAUGUGUGUCUACCAUUGAAAGAAAUUUGCAGAAAGAAGAUGGAAUUGUUUCAGUGUUGGUAGCACUGAUGGCAGGUAAAGCAGAGAUAAAAUACAAGCCAGAAUUCAUACAGCCUCUUGAAAUAGCACAGCUGAUCCAGAAUUUGGGCUUUGAAGCUACCAUCAUAGAAGAUCAUGCAGAAUCAGAAGGAAAUGUGGAGCUUCUUAUUACAGGGAUGACUUGUGCUUCUUGUGUUCACAAUAUUGAAUCCAAACUCCUGAGAACAAAUGGCAUAUUCUACGCCUCAGUUGCACUUGCUACUUGCAAAGCUCACAUCCAGUUUGAUCCUGAAAUUACUGGGCCUCGAGAUAUUAUAAAAAUAAUUGAGGAAAUUGGCUUUCAUGCUUCCGUGGCUAGAAGAGUUCCAAAUGCACAUAACCUGGAUCAUAAAAAGGAAAUACAGCAGUGGAGGAAAUCUUUCUUGUGCAGCCUACUGUUUGGUAUCCCUGUCUUAAUCCUAAUGAUUUAUAUGCUAAUACCUGACGGUGAGCACCAUGGGUCUAUGGUGCUGGAACAGAAUCUCAUUCCUGGAUUAUCUAUUUUAAAUCUUCUCUUCUUUGUCCUGUGCACUUUUGUUCAGUUUCUUGGUGGAUGGUAUUUUUACGUACAAGCUUACAAAUCACUGAAGCACAAAACGGCCAAUAUGGAUGUGCUCAUCGUACUGGCCACAACGAUUGCUUAUGUGUAUUCGUGUGUGAUCCUGAUGGUAGCGAUAAUUGAAAAGGCAGAGAAAAGCCCUGUCACUUUCUUUGACACUCCUCCGAUGCUGUUUGUGUUCAUUGCCCUUGGGAGAUGGCUGGAACACAUAGCAAAGAGUAAGACCUCAGAAGCUCUUGCUAAACUUAUGUCUCUUCAAGCCACAGAAGCCACUGUAGUGACUCUCGGACCUGACCACUCUAUUGUCAGGGAGGAGCAGGUAGCUGUUGAACUGGUUCAAAGGGGUGAUAUUGUAAAGGUUGUUCCUGGUGGAAAGUUCCCGGUGGAUGGAAAGGUCAUUGAAGGCAGUUCUAUGGCAGAUGAGUCUCUCAUCACUGGGGAAGCUAUGCCAGUCACUAAAAAGCCUGGGAGCACAGUGAUUGCUGGUUCUAUAAAUGCACAUGGCUCAGUUCUUGUUAAUGCAACUCAUGUUGGUAAUGAUACCACUCUGGCACAAAUCGUGAAAUUGGUGGAAGAAGCUCAAAUGUCAAAGGCACCCAUCCAGCAACUGGCAGAUAAGUUUAGUGGAUAUUUUGUUCCAUUUAUCAUCAUCAUUUCAACAGUGACAUUGAUAGUAUGGAUCACAAUUGGUUUUAUAAAUUUUGAUGUUAUUCAAAAAUAUUUUCCUAAUCAGAACAAACACGUUUCAAAAGCUGAACUAAUACUGAGGUUUGCAUUUCAAACCUCGAUCACUGUGCUGAGCAUUGCAUGCCCCUGUUCUUUAGGCUUGGCUACCCCCACAGCUGUGAUGGUGGGCACAGGAGUUGCUGCGCAGAAUGGUAUUCUCAUCAAAGGUGGAAAACCCCUGGAAAUGGCACACAAGAUCAAGACUGUGAUGUUUGAUAAAACUGGGACCAUCACCUGCGGAGCUCCUAAAGUCAUGAGGGUGCUUUUGCUGGGAGACCCAGCUGUGCUCUCUCUGAAGAAGGUACUGGCGGUGGUUGGCACUGCAGAAGCCAGCAGCGAGCAUCCUUUAGGAGUGGCAGUCACUAAAUAUUGCAAAGAGGAGCUUGGCACUCAGAGCCUGGGAUACUGCACCGACUUCCAGGCAGUCCCGGGCUGUGGCAUCAGCUGCAAAGUCAGAGGUGUUGAGGCCAUCCUGGGCAUGGCCGAGGAGGGUCUCGAUAAGCUGGACACUAACAGGAGCAGGGACAGCACUUCUCAUACAUACUCGGUGUUGAUUGGAAAUCGUGAGUGGAUGCGACGCAAUGGCUUGCAUAUUGCAAAUGACAUAAAUGAUGCGAUGACAGAUCAUGAAAUGAAAGGACAGACUGCCAUACUAGUGGCUAUAGAUGGCAUGUUGUGUGGAAUGAUCGCAAUAGCAGACACUGUCAAGCAGGAGGCAGCCCUUGCUGUGCACACACUGAAAAACAUGGGAAUAGAUGUGGUGCUGAUAACGGGGGACAACAGAAAAACGGCAAAAGCCAUUGCUACUCAGGUUGGGAUCAAAAAAGUCUUUGCUGAGGUUCUUCCUUCUCACAAGGUUGCAAAGGUCCAGGAGCUCCAAAAUGGGAGGAGGAAGGUUGCGAUGGUUGGUGAUGGAGUCAAUGAUUCCCCUGCACUAGCCAGGGCUGACGUUGGAAUUGCAAUUGGAACAGGCACCGAUGUUGCCAUUGAAGCAGCAGAUGUUGUUCUUAUCCGAAAUGACUUACUGGAUGUAGUUGCCAGUAUUCACUUAUCAAAGAGAACGGUUCGAAGAAUACGAAUGAAUCUGAUUCUUGCCUUAAUUUAUAAUCUGCUUGGAAUACCCAUAGCAGCAGGUGUGUUCAUGCCUGUUGGCCUUGUGCUUCAACCUUGGAUGGGAUCAGCUGCAAUGGCAGCUUCUUCUGUGUCUGUCGUGCUGUCUUCCCUGCAGCUGAAAUGUUAUAAGAAGCCAGACACAGAAAGUUAUGAAGCACAAGCUCAAGGCCGCAUGAAGCCACUUACUCCUUCCCAAAUCAGUGUUCAUAUUGGAAUGGAUGAUAGGAGGAGGGAUUCAUCCAGACCGGCUCCAUGGGAUCAGAUUAGCCAAGUGUCUCUCUCUUCCUUGACUUCAGACAAGCUGCCAAGACAUAAUGGUUUUGUUGAGGAGGAAGAGGACAAGUGGUCAUUGCUCAUGAAUGGAGGAGAUGAAGAACAGUACAUCUGAAGCACUGCAUUCUUAGUACAGGAGGAAACAUUCCUCCUCACCGGUGACGGGAGGGACUGACUUAAUGUCGUCAAGAGCUCCAAGGUUGUAAGUGAAGUCAUUUCUUUAGCUCACAAAACAAUUGCUACUCAGCUCAAUGUUCAGUUGUAUGGACUGUGGAUUUUUUUCAGGUCACCAGUUAUUUCUAGUCACAGAAAGAAUCUGUGGCUCUACAAUGAACUGACUCCUUUGCACACAGCAAUUAGUGAAAUAAUGUAAAAUUGUAAUUUUCAGAGUCU